UUUAAAAGAAGCUAUUUUAAAUAAAAAUUUUCCUCAAUUUGCUGAAAUAACAAUGGCUGAAAGUAAUCAAUUACAUGCUGUUUGUCUUGAUAGUUAUCCUCCAAUUAUUUAUUUAAAUUCAACAUCAUUUUUACUGAUGGAAUUUGUUCACGAUUUCAAUACUUUUUAUUCUUCACCAUUAAUUGCCUAUACAUUCGAUGCUGGCCCCAAUUGUUUUUUAUUUUUUGAAGAAAAAACAUUUCCAUUAUUUUAUAAUUCUUUUAAAAAUUGUUUUAAUUAUAAUAAAGAUUUAAUUAAAAUUCAUUUUGAUGAAAAUGAAAAUAAAGAAAUUGUUAAAUCAAUUAUUAAUGAAGAAGGUAAAAGAAAUUAA